ACCAUCCCCCCUGCCAUGUGGGAACUGCGAUCAGCCUCCUUUUGGAGGGCCAUAUUCGCUGAGUUCUUUGCCACCCUCUUCUAUGUCUUCUUUGGGCUGGGGUCCUCACUGCGCUGGGCUCCUGGACCCCUGCAUGUUCUGCAGGUGGCUAUGGCAUUUGGCUUGGCCCUGGCUACACUGGUGCAGUCUGUGGGCCACAUCAGUGGAGCCCACGUCAAUCCUGCAGUCACUUUUGCUUUCCUUGUGGGCUCCCAGAUGUCCCUGCUCCGUGCCUUCUGCUAUAUGGCAGCCCAGCUCCUGGGAGCUGUGGCUGGGGCCGCUGUGCUGUAUAGCGUUACCCCACCUGCCGUCCGAGGAAACCUAGCACUCAACACGUUGCACCCUGCGGUGAGCGUGGGCCAGGCAACCACAGUGGAGAUCUUCCUGACGCUCCAGUUCGUGCUCUGCAUCUUUGCCACAUACGACGAGAGGCGGAAUGGCCAACUGGGCUCCGUGGCCCUGGCCGUUGGCUUCUCCCUUGCCCUGGGGCACCUCUUUGGGAUGUAUUAUACUGGUGCAGGCAUGAAUCCUGCCCGCUCCUUUGCUCCUGCCAUUCUCACUGGGAACUUCACUAACCACUGGGUGUACUGGGUAGGCCCAAUCAUUGGAGGGGGUCUGGGCAGCCUCCUGUACGACUUUCUUCUCUUCCCCCGGCUCAAGAGUAUUUCUGAGAGACUGUCUGUCCUCAAGGGUGCCAAACCCGAUGUCUCCAAUGGACAACCAGAGGUCACAGGGGAACCUGUUGAACUGAACACCCAGGCCCUGUAGAAGCUCCAGCUGAAUAGAGGGAGUAGAAAGCUUCUGAGUUUACGUGGAGGGGUUUAGCCAGCCCCUAGAUGAAGAAAGAGACUGUGGGGAGGGGCAUGUACUUCUUUAUUUUUUAACUUAUGUAUGUGGUUGUUUUUUUUUUUUUUCCUUUUGCUGUGUGAAAUCUUUCAAGUUGCAUUCAUGA